UUCAGAAAGCAGCAAACCAGGAAGAAGAAAGGACAAAGUCUGAAGGAGAAGAAGUCACAGCAGAAGUGAGAGGAGAGCUGGCAGCACGGAGCGCACAGGAGCCGCAGAAUGGACCGGUACCAGCCCAUCCUGGCCCUCAUCCUGCUGCUGGGACUGACAGGUGAUGUGGACGCUGUCGUCGAUGUGACAGGAAUCACCGGGAGAUCGGUUCUAUUUGACGUGAAUCCUCCACCCCCAGAAAAUUCUGGAUUAUCCUGGACUUUUAAAAACCAGAAUGUGGCUGUGAAUUUUCCUUCUUUUCGUUGUUUCGAUAAUUUGAUAGGAAAAUGUCAGUUUUAUGUGAACGGAUCCCUGAGAAUCGACAGUGUCAAUUCCACGAAUGAAGGUUCUUAUACUCUGAAUGUAGUUCCAGUUACUUCACCACCUGAACUUACAGAAUACCGGCUCCGGGUGUACGCUCCUCUGGAUAAACCCGUCCUCAGGAUUAGAUCGGACUCCAUGAAUGUCGUCAAUGGCACCGAUGUGACCCUCCAGUGUGACGCCGGUGGUCAGACUGUGACUAAUUACACCUUCUACCGAGACCAGACGCCUAUAUGCACCGCACCCCAUGUCUCCUGCAGCGGAUCAUCCCUGAACUUCACCCCGAUAUCUGAGAUUCACAAUGGGAACUACACCUGCCGCAUCGAGAACCCGGUCAGCUCCAGCACCAGUGACCCCAUCAAUGUGACCGUAUCAUAUCGUAUAUCGGAUAUAUCACUGACGGUGAAUACAUCCGCACUGGUUUGGCCGGGAUUAGACUCGGUGUCUCUGCGCUGUUCGGCCCGCGGUACAAAUGUCAGCUACUCCUGGAGCCUGGACGGGGCGGCCCUGCCUCCGGAGCCACAUUACGUGCUAAGUGCAGAUAGAAGCGUUCUCACCAUCAGCCCGGUGUCUUCUAAGGAUAAUGGAUCCUUCACCUGUACAGCCGCGAACAGUAUAAACAACCUGACGAGCCCCGAAGUCCUCCUCCACCUCGGCUCCCCGGUCUCAGCAGUGACUCUGAGCAGUAACGCGUCCUCCGCAGAGCUCUGGGACGGACAGGACUCCGUGUCUCUCCAUUGCUCGGCUCAGGGUUCAGCCAUCACCUUCACAUGGAGCCUGGAUGGAAAACCAGUGUCCUCAAAGCCUCAAUAUUACAUUACUGAGAGCAAGUCUCCUCCGUACUCCAAUCUGACCAUCAGCCCGGUCUCCAGGACCGACGGUGGACCCUUCACCUGUACAGCGUCCAACCUGCUGAAUAGCGAGAUCAGCAAUGAGCUCAGCUUCAAUAUCAACUGGCGCCCGGAUGGAGAAAUAUCAUGUCCAGUAACUUCUAAUGGCGAUAUUUUGAGCCUUGUCUGCUCUUGGGAAAAUGGUCGACCUCCCGCCAAUGUGACGAUGACAUUUAACGGCACAACUGAGAUGAGUCCAAACAUCGUGACCAGGAAUGUGUCCUCCAAGACUCUGAUCUUGGGCUCAGUCCUCAACUGCACUGGUGAUCAGCUGGGGAAGACGUCAAUCUGUCAGAAGAUCCUGGAGCCUCCAUAUUCUCCAGUACAUAAUAACACAAUAAAAGACGUACCAGAAGGAGGUAGUGUCACCCUGACGAUAAAUUUAAUGGCGAGACCUACUUCCCGUAUAUCUUCUAAGAUCCUCCCGGCAACCUUCACCUGGUAUAUGGGCAACACAGAAAUAAAGAGCGGCGUCACCUCCACAAAUUAUUCAUCCACCCUCCACAUCUCCGAGGUGACGCAGGCGAAGUCUGGAAGAUAUGAAUGUACCGCCAGAAAUGUGAUCGGGAGCGAGACCUUCAUCUUUAAUGUCAACGUGACUGCAAAAGUUGUCCCUCCUAAUAAUGACCUUGAUGGUGGUGAAAUCGCCGGCAUCGUCAUCGGCGUCCUCGCUGGGCUGACCAUUAUUGGGAUCAUCGUCUUCUUCAUUGUGAAGAAAAAGAAAAGGCACGAUGACGACAGGAGAUUGAAGGAUUCUACCGACCAGAUAGAUACCAUACAAUAUGCAGAGGUAGCACUCAACAAGGAAAAUGGAGGUGUAGCAGAAACCACAAUGUCCACCAACCCCGCUGAUGAUAAGGAUGAAUUAAAAUACGCUGCAAUCAAUUUCCAGAACAAAUCCUCCACCAAGUCCGUGGCGCCGACAAUACCGCAGGAAACUGUAUAUAGUGAUGUGAAAAAUGCAUCCAAAAGAUAAUCCCCAGAUCCCACAACAGAUACCAGUCACAGUGGACAUCCUGAGCCCGGGUCCCACCACACAUCCCAGUCAUGGUAGACAUCCCAAUCUCCAAUCCCACCGCACAUCCCAGUCACAAUGGACAUCCCAAGCCUGGAUCCCACCGCACAUCCCAGUGUCGAUAGACAUCCUGAUCUGGGAUCCCACCGCACAUCCCAGUUAUAAUGGACAUCCCAAGCCUGAAUCCCACUGCACAUCCCAAUCACGGUGGACAUUUUGAACCAAGAUCCCACCGCACAUCCCAGUCCCUGGGGAAAUCCCAAUCCCAUUUCCUGCAACACAUCCCAGUCAUGAUAAACCAUCUCCAAUGUACGUCACUGACCACCCCUCGGAUGCCCACCUCAUGUGCACAGGUAGCAACGAUUCACCUCUGUACACUCUGCACUAGGAUCUCUCUGCUUCAGGGACUUAUUAAUGCUGGACUACUCCUGAUCAUCACCAGAGACAUGUAACCUGGUUACUAAUAGUUGUGAAACUCGAGGAGGGACUGGAGCGUUUUCUUCUCUGCCAGGAAUAUUUAUGAUCCAUCAUGACUCGUCUGGAUGGGGUUUAUAGCUAUUGUCUCAGAAGGUGCCUUCAUAUAUGGUCCUGCCGUUGUGAGGCCUAUCCUGCCCCAGAUUAAUGAAUGACAGCUUCAGCGACCUUUGCUUCUUGGCACCAAUUGGAAAUCUUACCUUUUUAACCUUCUCAGAACACACCUGUAUGAGGCCCUGUUCACUUGUUAUAGUCCUGGAAAUGGAUUUUAAGUUCCUUAAGGGAGAGACCUGUUAACACGAGGUCCUCGGUGCCGACCAUGAGUGGUGUCCUCUCCUACAGGCCCAGUGUCCUCUUCCGUCCCCCGAGAACUGUUUUAGGUGAUUUAAAUUUUGUAUAUGAGAAAUUAGACAAGGAAAUAUUAGAUAAGAAAGCGCUGAACCCCCCAAAAAAAUAGCUGAAUGUGGAAGUUCUCAUCUGUAGAGUGGAUUUUGCACUAAACGGAGCCUCGAUGCAACAGAAUGUGGCUGGAGACCCAGCUCUAGAGACAGGUGGGGGUCUCAGAGGUGGGACCCGCUCCUCUCAGGCAUUUAUAGUGCCUCCGGUGGAAAUGCCCUUUAAAAGGCCUGAGAUUAUGUAUUUAUAUGGUUUUGAUCGUCAUUACCCCAAUGUACCUAAAGAAAAGAAAAGCAGAAAAAAACUUAGCAAAUAAUCUUGACUAAAAUUCAAUUGUCCUGCGUCUACAACCCCUGUGCAGAGCUUUACUUCUCCAUGGUAACAGACUACAGAGAAGCCCUGUGUAGUCUGACCCUCAGUCAUAGUCCUUUCUAUCUGUAACCCACCAAACCAAAUGUCUGUAAGCGUGGGGACCGAUGGAAGAGACGGCACAUGGAGGCUUACAGAGAAGGUCCAGGAGGCAAGACAUUUGGUGCUGCCUUUGAAGCCAAUAAUGUGCAAAUAAAACCUGUUAAAGUUAAAUGAUGAUAGGAGGAAACCUAAAUAAUUUGGUGGACCCAAGGAGCCCCUGUCUGACCCGGAGUCAAAUGUGUAAUGCACUGUACACACUGUCAGCAUGCUUCAUCCCUUACGUCCCUUACACAGAGGUUGAGGGCGCAGCUUUAUCUCCAUUGUUUACACUGCAACGCUGCUUCUUUAAAUUGACCGAAGGGUCUGUUAAGCUGAUUGCAAAUUGUCCCCUUGCUGGACCCCUAGUAAUCAGCAGUGUUCUGCUCUCCUGCAGCGCCUCCACAGGAGGAAUGAAGUAUUACACAAUGCCUCGUGAGAUCCAGAUAGUGAAUGCACACCGGUCAUCCUGGAACUGGAUGCACUUUGUAGGAUAUUCCUUAUAUAUCCUCCUCACAGACAGACUGACAUUUCAGUAUGGACGGGUCUUAUCUCAUGGACGUCCACAUGUAACAUGUAUAAAGAUUCAGGUGCUGGUAAAAAACCACUGCACUGUAUAGAUAGUCUCUGAACAGCAAACUACUAGACCACCGCGCCUUAUCCACUGCCCGGUGUGCCAUACCACCACACCUUAUCCCACUGCCCAGUGUGCCAGACCACCACACCUUAUCCCACUGCCCAGUGUGCCAGACCACCACGCCUUAUCCCACUGCCCAGUGUGCCAGACCACCACGCCUUAUCCACUGCCCAGUGUGCCAGACCACCGCGCCUUAUCCACUGCCCAGUGUGCCAUACCACCGCGCCUUAUCCACUGCCCGGUGUGCCAUACCACCACACCUUAUCCCACUGCCCAGUGUGCCAGACCACCACACCUUAUCCCACUGCCCAGUGUGCCAGACCACCACGCCUUAUCCCACUGCCCAGUGUGCCAGACCACCACGCCUUAUCCACUGCCCAGUGUGCCAGACCACCGCGCCUUAUCCACUGCCCAGUGUGCCAGACCACCGCGCCUUAUCCCACUGCCCAGUGUGUCAUACCACCAUGCCUUAUCCACUGCCCAGUGUGCCAGACCACAGCGCCUUAUCCACUGCCCAGUGUGUCAUACCACCACACCUUAUUCCACUGCCCAGUGUGCCAGACCACUGCGCCUUAUCCACUGCCUAGUGUGCCAGACCACAGCGCUUUAUCCACUGCCCAGUGUGCCAGACAACCACACCUUAUCCACUGCCCAGUGUGCCAGACCACCACGCCUUAUCCACUGCCCAGUGUGCCAGACCACCGCGCCUUAUCCCACUGCCCAGUGUGUCAAACCACCAUGCCUUAUCCACUGCCCAGUGUGUCAUACCACCACGCCUUAUCCCACUGCCCAGUGUGCCAGACCACUGCGCCUUAUCCACUGCCUAAUGUGCCAGACCACAGCGCUUUAUCCACAGCCCAGUGUGUCAUACCACCACGCCUUAUCCACUGCCCAGUGUGUCAUACCACCACGCCUUAUCCACUGCCCAGUGUGCCAGACCACUGCGCCUUAUCCACUACCCAGUGUGCCAGACCACUGCGCUUUAUCCACUGCCCAGUGUGUCAUACCACCACGCCUUAUCCACUGCCCAGUGUGUCAUACCACAACACCUUAUCCACUGCCCAGUGUGCCAGACCACUGCGCCUUAUCCACUGCCCAGUGUUCCAUACCACCACGCCUUAUCCACUGCCCAGUGUGCCAGACCACUGCGCCUUAUCCACUGCCCAGUGUGUCAUACCACCACGCCUUAUCCACUGCCCAGUGUGCCAGACCACUGCGCCUUAUCCACUGCCCAGUGUGUCAUACCACCACGCCUUAUCCACUACCCAGUGUGCCAGACCACUGCGCUUUAUCCACUGCCCAGUGUGUCAUACCACCACGCCUUAUCCACUGCCCAGUGUGUCAUACCACCACGCCUUAUCCACUGCCCAGUGUUCCAGAACACUGCGCCUUAUCCACUGCCCAGUAUGCCUUACCACCAUGCCUUAUCCACUGCCCAAUGUGGCAGACCACCGCGCCUUAUCCACUGCCCAGUGUGCCAUAACACCACGCCUUAUCCACUGCCCAGUGUGCCAUACCACCACGCCUUAUCCACUGCCCAGUGUGCCAUACCACCACACCUUAUCCACUGCCCAGUGUGGCAGACCACUGUGCCUUAUCCACUGAGCAGUGUGCCAGACCACCACGCCUUAUCCACUGCUCAGUGUGCCAUACCACCACACCUUAUCCACUGCCCAGUGUGCCAGACCACCUUGCCUUAUCCAUUGCCCAGUGUGCCAGACUACCACGCCUUAUCCAUUGCCCAGUGUGCCAGACUACCACGCCUUAUCCACUGCCCAGUGUGCCAAACCACCUUGCCUUAUCCAUUGCCCAGUGUGCCAGACUACCACGCCUUAUCCACUGCCCAGUGUGCCAAACCACUGUGCUUUAUACAUUGCCCAGUGUGCCAGACGACCACACCUUAUCCUCUGCAUAGUGUACCAGACCACCAUGCCUUGUCCACUGCCCAGUGUGCCAGACCACCUCAUCUUAUCCACUGCCCAGUGUGCCAGACCACUAUGCCUUAUCCACUGCCCAGUGUGCCAAACCACCAUGCUUUAUACAUUGCCCAGUGUGCCAGACGACCACACCUUAUCCUCUGCAUAGUGUACCAGACCACCAUGCCUUGUCCACUGCCCAGUGUGCCAGACUGCCGUGCCUUAUCCACUGCCCAGUGUGCCAGACCACCUCAUCUUAUCCACUGCCCAGUGUGCCAUACCACCAUGCCUUAUUCACCUCGUAGUGUGGCAGA